CCCAGAAUUCCCCAGCCUGGGGAAUUCUGGGAGUUGAAGUCCACACAUCGUCCAGCGGCCAAGGUUGAGAAACACACUGCUUUAAACCUUUGUGUCCCUGCUCUGCACCCCUUGGAUAGACAUACACGGACACCGUUGUUUUAAAGCCGACGGUUGUUGACCGAGCUCGUUGUGGAUUGUAUGAGUCAAAGUCGGCACAACUGAUGUGGCACCAGGGGAAGGAACUUCUAAAAGAUGCCAAUUAGUUCAUUUUUUUUUUUAAUGGCAGCUGGAUAAUAAAUGGGGUUUCCCUCUUUAGGUGGCAAGUCAACGCUGAAGAGGUUCGUUUCCCACUUUUUGAACAGAUCACUUUUCCCCAAUAUAUAUAUUUUGCACCUUUGAUUUAAUGAACUGAAAAGUUGAACGAUUCCCAAAUGUAUCUUAUUACCAAAUGGGCUGAAUUGAACGAGUUUCGGACAUCUAACAGCUAGAGAGAAGGAGACGAGAAAAAUGCCCUCGAAGACGGUGGAUCGUCACUUUUGGAUUUGAACUUUAAAAAAAGGAAAUUCGCUGGAAGAGAAUUAAAGAAAGAAAAAAAAAGAAUCCCCCAGAAUUUACUUCUAUCUCUCAGGGAAGGAUUCAGAUUGGCAGGUAGACUCCCUCUGAAUAAGGAGGUUCGUCUCGGAGGAGGAGCUGGCAGCUGGUGUUAAGAGGUAGGGCAAGUGCUGCUUUUUCAGGAUGCUGCUGGGAGCAGCUGACUCACCUUGAACCCUCUUACCUGGGGAAGGAUAAAUGCUUUCAUUUCUUCCUCGCUCUUUUACAUAUGCAAAUAGCUGCUUGUUUAUCCUGGCUCCUUUCUGCCUUCCCCCCCCCCUACACAUAAUCCAUGCUUUACUCAUCUCAUUUUACAAAGACCUGCCCUUUUCGUCAUUUUCAUCAGGUGGAAGCUUCCAUCAGGGGGCCUGGUUGAUAGCUCUGGGGUGGAAAGCCGCAGCUGCAAACCACCUGAGCUGCCAUCCGCUGCAGGCAGUUGAUGAAAACAAUCCAUUUUUAUUUUGCAAGCGGGAACAUGCCUCGGUGGCUGCCCGGCAAGCAGCCGGAUUUGCACAAAUCUGCCCUUUGCAACAGCGGAGUAAGGGAGAAGGCGUGAGGCUGUGUAGCCUGAGCGUGCCAUUCCGUGUGUUCUUUACACACACACACACGUGUGCAACGCUUCACACACGGCUUCGGUCUCCUCUCCCAGAGGCGUGUGGGAUACGUGAAGGUAGGAGAAUCCGUAACGACGGGUGCUGGGUGGAUUCAGCCUGCAGAAAUCAUCCUCAUUUCAGGCAACGCAUCACCUGUACGCAGGAAGAGAAGAAUGAAUAUUUCCCGGUGCCUCUCGAUUGCCACGGCGUUGCUAACCCUGGUGGCUCUCAAGGCCUACAUCGAAUGGACGACCGAGCAGGAGGAACGAUACCCCAUGCCCCACAUCACUCGUUGGCAAAGCGUCUCCAUCCCACCCUUCCAACCCUUCGAGGAAAUCCCGCCGUCCUUGGUCUAUCAUCGCUUUAACGCCUCCUUGCAACAAUUCCGCCACAGCAUCCCGCGGGCCAAAGCUUACUGGAACGAUAAACAAUACAAAAAUUUCCGGGCGUUGGAAGAAGGUUCGGUGGCCAACGCUUCCUGGAAUAAAUGCCCCAGUGCCAAGGUGGAGGAACUGGCCACCAAGAUCAAACAUUUCAACUCGUAUCCGGAGCUUUAUAAGAAUUUCAUUCUCUACGGGGACUGCAGGAAUUAUUCCCUCCUGAUCAAUGAACCCCGUAAGUGUGCCGAUACGAAGAACAACACCUUCUUGCUCUUGGCCAUCAAAUCCGUGCCCGGCAAUUUUGCCGCUCGCCAAGCCGUGCGGGACACUUGGGGGCAAGAAGGAGAACCCGGCGGGCUAGCCAUCCGCACCGUCUUCUUGCUGGGCACGGCUGAGGGACGGUUCGGACCCCACCUGCAACACCUGGUCCAUUUCGAGAGUCGGAGUUUUGGGGACAUCUUGAUGUGGGAUUUUGAGGACACUUUCUUCAACCUGACCCUGAAGGACUCCCUCUUCCUGCACUGGACGCUGGACUACUGUCGGCACGUCCGUUUCAUUCUCAAAGGGGACGAUGACGUGUUUAUCAACACCCCGAAAGUCUUGGGGUAUCUAAGCUCGGUAGAUGUCAACAAGCCCCUCUACACGGGGCAGGUGAUGUCCAACGCCUCUCCCUUUCGGUUCCAGAAAAGUAAAUACUACGUGCCAGAAUCAUUUUAUGUGGGGCCGUAUCCAGCUUAUGCGGGAGGUGGGGGCUACAUCUUCUCUGGACUCCUGGCCCCGUUGCUCCUCCUCAUUUCUCAGCACGUGGCCUUCUACCCCAUCGACGACGUUUACACGGGGCUCUGCUUCCAAGCUCUGGGCAUCCCCCCUCAGCCCCACGCCGGCUUCAUGACCUUCGAUAUCGCCGAGAAGGACCGGGAAGACCCCUGCGUGCACAGCCAGCUGCUCUUGGUCCAUCGGCGCAGCCCCCGACAGACCCUCCAUCUUUGGAAGCAAAUCACCGAUCCAAAACUCCGAUGCGGACCUGAGGCGUUGAACCCCCAACCGGAGAAGCCGCCAGGAUUUUGACCAAACUGGGGAAUGGACCACGUGGAACUUUUCGGUCCUCUGGGCUGCAACGGGGAGAUGCUCAGGCCCAAAUCCCAUCGGAAUGUUUCAGAGGGGACACCCCAACUUUUGAAGGACAGGAGCUGGGGAUGGGCACUCUCUUUGGGCCUCUUCUGAAAUUGCUGUUCUUUGUGAGAUAUCCUUUCUGAGAUAUCCCGGUGGAAGGCAGAACCGUACCAACAGUCCAGGAAGUGCCAUUUACAGAUCUAAGAACCGUCCUUAUGGUCAGAAAAGGGCCACAGCAUCCACCUGGCCUUAGCUGAGAAUGCCAGGCCUUCAAGCUUGCUUCCCCUACCCAGUGCCCUCCUAGUAGGCCUGCAACGACUGGAUUUCUAAGCGGAACCUUCCUCCACAUCUGGAGGCAAUUUAUAGAGGAUCCUGGAAGAGAAACGCCUGGCUAGCUGGCCCAACCUGCCUGGAUUGCAGAAAGUAUUGUCCACAAGUGUUUUAUUUUUUUCUUUGGGGCCCAAAUCUUUGGGGGCCAAUCCCCCUCCCAUAACUGGAUAAACCAAGAAACUGAGGCACGAAGCCGAUUCUAAAUAACCAUGGAGUGUUUCAACGUGGCGAAAGAAAAGUGGAAAUAAGGCCCUCUAGAAUUAUCAUCGGAAGUGAGGAUAGCCUUGGCGGCCCAGUGGUGAGAAUACAGUAUUACAGGCUAACUCUGCCGACUGCCAGCAGUUUGAUCCUGACCGGCUCAAGGUUGACUCAGCCUUCCGUCCUUGCGAGGUCGGUCAAAGGAGGACCCAGAUUGUUGGGUGUGGGGGCCAAGAUGCUAUUGGUAAUGUAAUUUUGGACCCCAGGAUAGUUUUGGUGCCCGAUAGGAUCACCUUCUCUGUUCCACCAAUCCUUAAGCCUUUUGACUCAUUGACCGUUUCUGUAUCUCAUCUCUAGAAAAAUUCCUUGUUCAUGCACUUUAGAUAUUCAAAUCAGUGGUGAAAUCCAAUUUUUUUUUACUACCGGUUCUGUGGGCAUGGCUUGGUGGGCGUGGUGUAGCUUGAUGGGCGUGGCUUGGUGGGCAUGGCAGGGGAAGGAUACUGCAAAAUCCCCAUUCCCUCCCCACUCCUGGGGGAAGGACAUUGCAAAAUCUCCAUCCCACCCCACUGGGGCCAGCCAGAGGUGGCAUUUGCCGGUUCUACGAAGUACUCAAAAUUUCCACUACCGGUUCGUCAGAACCUGCUGGAUUUCACCCCUGGUCCAGACCCAUAUUAUCCUUCACCUGUCAAAGAGUUUCAUGUAAUGUUCAGGUUCUGUAAAUCUAAGAAGCUGAGAUAGGAAAGGGGAGAAUCUGUAAAUUGGUCAGAAAACUUCGACAUCAGUGUGGGCUGCUGCCGGUUCAGCCGAACCGUUAGUUACAAUCAGCUGGCCCCGCCCACCCACUCCUGCCCUAUCUUGUCCUAUAUUUCCUUCAUUCUGGCUCAGCCUAUUCGCGUGGCACAGCUGAUUUCUGUGCCUCCACUAUUCUACUUACCGGGGAUGCCUUAGAACAGUGAUGGCUAAUCUUUUUGCUGUCGCAUGCCAAAAGCAGGUGGAGUGGGGGGGUGCGCGUGCCCACACCCAUAAUUCAAUGCGCCCCACGCCCAGUGCUCCCCCUUUUGGCACACGAUGGCACAUUUUUUCACCCUCACCAGGCUCCAAAGGCUUUCUAGGAGCCUGGGGAGGGUGAAAACGGCCUUCCCCACCCCCCGGAGGCCCAUUUCCUGACUUCCGGUGGGCCCAGAAGGUCAGAAAAUCAGCUGGCUGGCACACACAUGCACACUGGAGCUGAGCAAGGGCAAUGCUCAUGUGCCCACAGAUAUGGCUCUGUGCGCCACCCACACUGUAACAACCUCCUGCUGUAAUAAAAAUGUGACUCGGGUACCGUC